AUGGCAGCUGGUAUAAAACUUUGGGCCAUUCCUCUUCUCAAUGUUCUCUAUCUCCCACUCCUCCAAAAUAAGAAAAAUGUGGAAGGACGCACUGAAAGACAACGGAAAGCAAUGGAUUGUUUAAAGGAAAAUGCCCCAGAGAUACCAAUGGCAGAAACCAAACUUGCUUCAAAGACCUCAUUAAAUCUGCUGGUGUCUGGACCCCAAUCAUCUUGA